UUCAGGUAUCCCGAACUUCCCGCUUCACCAAAUCCCAUCCCACACUGGGAGACAACUCUCCACUUCUCCCGAAGUAGUGUACAAGUAGAAUAUACCUUCUCCGCCGAAUAAAAAUCCCCAAAUCUUUUCCCUUUUCAGUCACAAUUCAAGAGCUCUCCUCCACUUCUCUCUUCCGCGUGUGCGCCUGCGAGGGUUUGAGAGAGUAUGGGAUCUUAUUGCAACGAUGAUCUCUCUUCGUCGACGAUUUACGGUCUCCCUCCUCAUGCUCAGCAACAACGAUUCUCCAAGCACGUUCACGAUAAUGUUCACGGCAACAUCUUUCUUGAUCCGCUCUCUUUGAAGUUUAUUGAUACCGAGCAGUUCCAGAGGCUACGUGAACUGAAACAACUCGGUGCAACAUACAUGGUGUAUCCAGGGGCUAUGCAUUCCAGGUUUGAACAUUCUCUAGGGGUGUAUUGGCUUGCUGGAGAAACUGUUCAGAAGCUCAAAAACUACCAGGGAUUGGAACUUGGAAUUGAUCAGUUUGAUAUUAAGACUGUGAAACUUGCAGGACUCCUCCAUGAUGUGGGUCAUGGGCCUUUCAGUCAUUUGUUUGAACGUGGGUUUCUUCCCCGUGUCCUCAAUGGCACCAAAUGGUCUCAUGAGCAAAUGUCGGCGGACAUGGUUGACCAUAUUGUUGAUGUGCACCAUAUUGAUAUCGACUCUGGAAUGAUCAGAAGGGUUAAGGAGAUGAUACUUGCUAGUUCCAAAUUAUCGCCGCCAAGGAGUACAAAUGAGAAGAGCUUCUUGUAUGAUAUUGUUGCCAAUGGUCGAAACGGAAUUGAUGUGGACAAGUUUGACUACAUUGUCCGGGACUGCAGAGCUUGUGGGCUAGGAUGCAAUUUUCAAUUUGAGAGGUUGACUGAGACGAUGCGGGUUAUGGAUGAUGAGAUAUGCUAUCGUGCUAAGGAGUAUCUUACUGUCCACAAAUUGUUUGCAACUCGUGCUGACCUGUACCGAACAGUCUAUACACAUCCAAAAGUAAAGGCAAUAGAGCUCAUGGUAGUUGAUGCCUUGGUAAAAGCUAAUGAUUAUCUACAACUUACAUCUUACAUUCAAGAUCCUUCAGAAUACUGGAAGUUAGACGACACGAUAAUUAAAACAAUUGAGACAGCUCCUGACCCACAACUGAGAGAAUCCAGGGAUCUUAUCCUUCGCAUUCGCCGGAGAAAUUUAUAUCAGUUUUGCAAUGAAUAUGCUGUUCCAAGGGACCAAUUGGAUCAUUUCAAAGACGUCACUGCACAAGAUAUUGUUUGCUCCCAGAAGAAUGGUGGAGUGUUACUGAAGGAAGAGGAUAUUGUUGUUAGCAAUGUCAGGAUUGAUUUGACUCGUGGAAGGCUCAACCCUCUGGAAAGCAUCAACUUUUUCAAGGAUUAUGAGAGCAAUGAGAAAUUCUGUAUACCUGAGGAUCGCAUCAGCCACUUGCUACCAACAUCUUACCAAGAUACGAUUGUGAGGGUCUACUCCAAAAAGCCUGAACUGGUAGCUGCAGUUUCUGAGGCCUUUGAAAAUUUUCAACUGAAAACAUAUGGUAUGAAAGCACAAGUACAUGCAACUCCUGAGAAGAAGAAACGGCGUAUGUAAGGAGGUUUACAUUCUGUAGAUAUUGCCAAGUUAAAAAAACCAGGAUGACACACAUUCAGGCUCAGAGGGUGCUUUCAUCAACUAAGGCUGUAUGUUUGUACAUGCAUGCAAGUUUGACUACAUGAUAAUAUGUGCUCCAGAAACUAGGAUGACAGUUAUCUACUAUUAUUUUGUUACCACAUUUUCCUUUCAAGUUUUUUCUCAUCUUUUAAUGGACGAACGUCAGCAGAUGUUUGAAUU